AUGGAAGCUACGAACUUAGCACUCUCGCCGCGGGACACUCUCAAACCAAGAUCCGAACACAAAGCUUUGCAAUUAAGUGGCAAACCUAAUCAGGUCGGCACGGUACUUCUGUACGGGGUACCAAUAGUUUCCCUGGUGAUAGAAGGGAAUGAGCGGCUUUGUCUGGCUCAGAUAUCGAACACAUUACUGAAGCAGUUCUCGUACAAUGAGAUACACAACCGGCGAGUAGCUCUGGGCAUCACUUGUGUACAAUGUACUCCUGUACAGCUGGAGAUUCUGAGAAGAGCUGGUGCCAUGCCCGUGUCUUCUCGACGAUGUGGUAUGAUAACGAGGAGGGAAGCAGAGCGACUUUGUAAAUCAUUUCUUGGAGACAAUGCUCCUCCUAGACUACCGGACGAUUUCGCAUUCGCUGUCCAUCAUGAAUGUGCUUGGGGAUGCCGCGGCGCAUUCUUACCGGCCAGGUACAAUUCUUCUCGAGCGAAAUGCAUCAAAUGUGCAUACUGUGGUCUCUUCUUCUCACCAAACAAGUUCAUAUUUCAUUCCCACCGAGUUGGACCCGGUGACAAGUACAUACAGCCUGAUGCAGCCAACUUCAACUCUUGGAGACGGCACAUGAAGCUCAGUGGUACACCUCCCGAAGAAGUGGUUCAUGCUUGGGAAGAUGUAAAGGCUAUGUUCAACGGGGGAACGAGAAAAAGGAUGCUGUCGGCUGCUAGAAGAGUGCCUUUCCGCAGGCCUGAGUCAGAGGGCAGCAGUGAGGCCAAGAGACCGGCGGCCAGUCCUCCCAGUGCGCACGCACCUGUCCCUCGUCUGGCCGACUAUGUCUGGGGGGCUAGAUUACCACUGCCGUACGCCAUACCUUGGCUCAAACCAACUUUAUGGACUCCUGGUGCUCUAACAGCAUUGAGCAGUGUGAACUCAAUAGAGGAGCCCCGAGCUUUCCGUCCAGUGAGGGGGCAUCGACUAGAGUCGCCACAACUCUCCCCUGUUAUGUCUCCACCAAGGUCACCAAACAGGUCGCCAGUACUGUCGUCGCCAUUAAGGUCGUCACACACUAGAUCGCCGCUGCGUUCCCCGCCGCCAUCGUCUCCAGCGCGCUCACCAAAGAGUGACAGAGAUAGUGAUGAGAGCGUCGACAUCGAAACUACGGAGGAAGACCAGCCUAGAGAUGUGGUAUGCACUUGGCCAUGCAACAGCGCACCAACUUCUCGCCCUGAUGAGAAUUGCUGGAGUGGUCUAGUGCCCAAAGUGGAGAGGGAUGAGGAAGCAAGGGUCGAACCCUGGAGGCUGCCUGACUUGCGACCCUCACUGCAUUAUAUGCACGACAGAGAUCGAGACUGCGUGGCGUGUGUAGCGCCCCUACCUCUGUUGCCUCCGCCCGCGCCCGCGCCUCAUUAG